AUCCAGCCACCUCCUCCGCCAUGUAGGCUACUUGAAGCUAUAGCGCUUUUACAGUCGGCAUAACACAGCAGCAGCGGGACCCCCUCAGACACAUCCUGCUCACACUUCUCCGUCUCUCUGCGCCGCGUCAGCCCUCGCCUCUCCUACUGUCACCGGCGAGUUUCUCUCCUUGCCAUGCACCGGGUCAGCUCGCUGCUGUCUGCCCUGCUGUGUGUUCUCCUGUCGGGGCUGAGCCGGGGGUAUUUCCCCGAGGAGCGCUGGAGCCCCGAGUCUCCGCUCCUCGCUCCCCGGGUCGUCAUCGCGCUGGUCUGCCGCAACUCGGCACACUCUCUGCCUCUGUUCCUCGGUACCAUCGAGCGCCUCAACUAUCCGAAGGACCGAAUUGCCCUGUGGGUGGCGACAGACCACAACAUAGAUAACACCACAGCCAUCCUGAGAGACUGGCUCAUCAAGGUGCAGAAUUACUACCACUAUGUGGAGUGGAGACCUCAAGAAGAACCCAGGGGUUUUGAAGAUGAGGCAGGACCCAAGCACUGGACUGACCUGCGUUAUGAACACGUCAUGAAGCUCCGCCAGGCAGCGCUGGACACUGCCCGUGAGAUAUGGGCUGACUACUUCAUGGUUGUCGACUGUGACAACCUGCUCACCAACCAGGAUGUGCUGUGGAAACUGAUGAGAGAGAACAAGACCAUUGUGGCUCCCAUGCUGGAGUCCAGAGCUGCGUACUCCAACUUCUGGUGCGGCAUGACCUCACAGGGUUACUACAAGCGUACCCCAGCCUACAUGCCAAUGCGUAAGCAGGAGCGUCGUGGCUGUUUCGCGGUGCCUAUGGUCCACUCUACGUACCUGGUGGACCUGCGUAAGGAGGCAUCCCGUCAGCUGGCUUUUUACCCCCCACACCCAGAGUACAACUGGGCCCUGGAUGAUGUCAUCAUCUUUGCCUACUCAGCUCGCAUGGCAGAUGUGCAAAUGUAUGUGUGCAACAAAGAAACAUAUGGGUAUUUCCCAGUCCCAGUGCGCUCUCACAGCACCAUGCAGGAUGAAGAGGAGAGCUUCUUGCAUACUCAGCUUGAGGUCAUGGUGAAAAAUCCUCCAUUGGAACCUUCCAGCCACCUGUCUGUUCCACCCAAGCAGCCUAACAAAAUGGGCUUUGAUGAGGUAUUUAUGAUAAAUCUGGUGCGGCGAACUGAUCGGCGUGAUCGCAUGCUAAGGACACUUUACGAGCAAGAAAUCAGCUGUAAGGUUGUUGCUGCUGUGGAUGGCAAAGCUCUGAACACGACUGAUAUAGAGUCUAUGGGGAUUAAAAUGCUGCCAGGAUACAAAGACCCCUACCACGGUCGACCGCUCACAAAGGGGGAGCUCGGCUGCUUCCUCUCUCACUACAACAUCUGGAAGGAGAUUGCGGACCGCGGUCUCCAGACCUCCCUGGUCAUAGAGGACGACCUUCGCUUUGAGGUGUUUUUCAAACGACGCCUCUAUGCCCUGCUGCAGGAGGUGAAGUUGCACAAGCUGGACUGGGAUCUCAUUUACAUUGGGCGGAAGCGAAUGCAGGUGGACCAUCCGGAGAAGUCUGUUCCAAAGAUCCACAAUCUGGUGGAGGCUGACUAUUCCUAUUGGACACUAGGCUACAUGAUUUCAUUACAAGGCGCCCAGAAGCUCCUCAGGGCGGAACCUCUUAAAAAGAUGCUUCCCGUUGAUGAGUUCCUCCCUGUCAUGUACAACAAACAUCCUGUUUCGGAAUACAUGGCUCACUUUGAGCAUCGGGACCUGCAUGCAUUUUCUGCCGAGCCCCUUUUGGUGUACCCAACCCAUUACACAGGAGACCCAGGCUACAUUAGUGACACAGAAACCUCUGUGGUCUGGGACAACGAGGCGGUCCGAACCGACUGGGACCGAGCCAAGUCCAGGAAGACCCAGGAGCAGGAGGAGCUGAGCACGGAGGCACAAAACUCUGACGUGCUGCAGUCUGAACUGGAGCAGUGGAGCGCACGGGACGAGCUGUGAUGAGGGGAGGAGGGGAAAGACGAUUCUUGCAUACAGAAACGAGAAAGGGGGGAGAGAGGAUAAAACUGUGAGGAUGGGAAAACAGCAGAAUUUAGGAAGACGGACGAAAGGGAUGGCAUGGGAGAGUGGGACAGGGACACAGGGCAAGUGAGGGACAGUUGUUUUUCCUUGUACAUUUCUCUUUUUCCACUUUUUCAUCGUUCUCUUAACCUCUAAAAAGAGGACGUUAGAUGUAGAGUUAACUCUUGAAGAGUCAGCUAGCAGCUUUUGUUUUAUUUAUUGCAUCCACUGCACAUCCUUUGACAAUGGCCUGGUCCAGUAACAAGUCUGUUUUACUUGUGUUUUGCCUUGACCCAUCCUUUGCCACAUCAUACCAACAUCCCCACUGAAUUGGUUUUCC